AUGAUGGCACCGACUGCGUGUGUAUCGACUGCUGAAAUAUGCACUAUCAAGAAAGACUAUACCAAUGGUCUGGACCUGCAGGGUUCCAUCAGCAGUCAUGGAGAGGACCAUCUGUUGCAAUCUUCCUUGACUGCCAAGGAACUUGUUCUAGAUGUGUUGAAGAAGCGGGCUACCGAGGUGGAUGUGGACCACUGUGGCCCUGGUGAGGAGGACGCUUUCUAUGUGGCGGACAUGGGGGAGGUCUACCGCCAGCAUAUGCGCUGGAAGAUGAACUUGGGCCGUAUCAAGCCCUUUUAUGCUGUCAAGUGCAACCCUGACCCAGAGGUUCUGCGCCUCAUGGCUCAGCUUGGAAACGGUUUCGACUGUGCCUCCAAGUCGGAGAUCGAUCUGGCCCUUCAGACGGGCAUCGAUCCUAGCCGCAUUAUAUAUGCGCAGCCUUGCAAGACCAAGUCGUACUUGCGUUAUGCUGCCGAGGUUGGCGUCAAGCAGAUGACUUUUGACAAUGCCGAUGAGCUCUAUAAGAUCAAGGCCACUUUCCCGGAUGCGGAGCUGUACCUGCGUAUCCUGACCGACGACUCGACCAGCCUGUGCCGGUUGAGUAUGAAGUUCGGAGCGUCCAUGGAUAUGGCUCGUCCGCUGCUCGAGCUGGCCUACCAGCUAGAGCUCAAGGUCGUCGGUGUGAGCUUCCACGUCGGUUCCGGCGCCGAAGAUCCCUCCGCAUUCCUCAAGGCCGUCCAGGAUGCGCGCAUGGUCUUUGACCAAGCGGGAGAAGUGGGCCACGAGCUCCACACUUUGGAUGUUGGUGGUGGAUUCUGCCAGGACAGCUUCGAGAAGUUCGCGGGCAUUCUCGGUGAAGCCGUGGACACCUACUUCCCGCCGCACAUCCGUAUCAUCGCCGAGCCGGGCCGCUACUAUGUAGCCACCGCUUAUACGCUGGCCGCCAACGUCAUCGCACGACGCGACAUUCCGGACCCCACGGAUCCAUCCCGCGAUGCAUACAUGCUGUACCUGAACGAUGGUGUCUACGGCAACUUCUCGAACAUCAUCUUCGAUCACCAGCAUCCCAUUGCCCAGGUUCUGACUUGCGCCUCAGAGCCCAGCACUCCGAACUCUGCGACUUCGGAGAAGAUCACUUACUCCAUCUGGGGCCCGACCUGUGACGGCAUCGAUGUCAUCAGCGAAAAGAUUGAGCUCCCUGGUCUGCUGAACACUGGUGACUGGCUCUAUUUCGAGGAUAUGGGUGCCUACACUAAGUGCAGCGCUACUCGCUUCAAUGGAUUCUCCGACAACCACGAGGUGAUCUACAUCUCGAGCGAGAAUGGCGCUUCGGCCCUGCUCAACUACUAG